AGCACUGUCUAUAAACUUGCGCUAACCAACACUGCGACAUCAAACAUAAGUUCUCUUCUGUUUUUAUUGAAUUUUUACAAGAUCUUUUCGGAUAAUACGGAUUACGAUGGCCCCGCAGCCGGUGGUAACGGGGCUCUCUCCAAAGGAGGGUCCUCCUGGCACCCGCGUCAUCAUCCGCGGCGAGUUCCUGGGCACUCGAUCGCAAGAUCUGAUUGGCCUCAACAUUUGUGGGUCCGAUUGCCUGCUGUCAGCGGAGUGGAAGUCACCGAAUAAGAUCAUCGCACGAACUGGUCCGGCGAAGGGAAAAGGAGACAUCAUAGUGACCACUUUGAGCGGCGGAGUGGGCACUUCGACGGUGCAGUUCCGUGCCUACCAUGAAACCAUUGGUCCGCUGAAGGAGUCCGCCGUGUGGAUUGAGGAGUCGCCCUCGCAGAACUUCGCCUGGGGUCGUCGUACUCUGGCCCAAUCCGGACUGACGCAGGAGGAUCCGCUUGGCCUAUCCAUCGAGGGCAACGAGCAGAAGAUCCCCGAGGAUUUGCGCGACCUGUUUCCCGAGGCCUGCGGCGAUCUGUCCCAGGAGCACUUUUCACCGGCCUGGUUCCUGCUGGAGAAUCACCUGGCUACCUCCUUCGAGGAUCUUAAGGCGGGAUUGUCGUAUUUGAAGCGGAAGGUGGAAAGCCAGAAGGAGGGCCAGUUGUCCUUCCUUAAGUCCAAUGCGGGCUCUGUGAUAGACCAGUUGGACACGCUGAUGAACAUUCGGGACAAGCUGCAAGAGGAUGCAAAGCUGCACGGCAACGAGACCUUGAAUAUCCUAGAGACUUCGAUUGAGAACUCCAUCAGCGAGUCGCAGAAGAUUUUUACAGAUGUGUUGGUGCGAAAGGAGAAGGCGGACUCCACCCGGUCCGUCCUCUUCGCGCUGUCGCGGCACAAGUUCCUCUUCUGUCUGCCCAAUGCAGUGGACCGACGUGCCAAGGCUGGCGAAUACGACAUUGUGGUCAACGACUACUCGCGCGCCAAGAAUCUCUUCGGGAAGACGGAGAUCCCCAUCUUCCGCAAGGUGCUCGAGGAAGUGGACCACAGGAUUCUGUCCAUCAGGAAGCAGCUUCACGAUAAGGUGGUGAAGAUGCCGCAGAGCGUGGAGCAGCAAAAGAAGUUGAUCAAGGCCCUCACCAGUUUGGAGCUGCAGCAGAGCGGAACUCCCAUUGGCGAUAAGCUGCGUAACAUUGAUCCCGCCUGGGAUGCCAUUGAGGCCAGGGCAAAGUACUUGGAGGGCACCUUCCGCCAGACCUUCGAUCAGCACGCAAACAAAGAUUCGGGGGCGCAGGAGAAGGUCAAAAGCAGGGAUCCCACCCAGGCGCCAAGUCGGGUGAACUUCUGCGAGGAACUGUGCGACAUUGCCGCCUCCCAGCUGCCAGAUUUGUGGCGUCUGGGCCAGCUGUACUUCACCGGCGAACUGCGCGGCCCGCACGAUCCAAAACCGGGUGACUUUAAGCGAAUGAUACUGAAUGCUAUCGAAAAGUUUUGUGUGUACCUGAGGUUGGCUAUCCUUAUUGCCGCGGAUCAGCGUUCCCUGCGCCAGUCCAGCGGCCUGGCUUGGCCCAUUGGCUCCGCUUCGGCCACACAUCAGUUUUUGCCCUGGAUUCCGCAGUGUCUGCGCUACACGAGGAUCGCAUAUGCCACGCUUAUAAGCUUGGACCUUCCCUCAGAAGCAUUGGACAUCAUACAGAAACUCAUCGACGAGGUGCGCCUCUUCUGUUUCUCGAUUAUCUUCAAGCGGGCCACGGAUCGCUGCAAGAAGUUGGGCAGCCAGGAGACUUGGGAGCUGGGAGUGGAAGAGUAUCCGGGUGCCACUCUGCUACCCGCCGCUCUGGAGGCACUGCUCACCGAAACGCUGGACGAAGUGCAGUCUGUGUGCAUGCAACGGGAGACCCGGGAGGGCAAUCUCCUCGAGCCCCAGUCGGACGGACAGAGGGAGGUGACACAGAGGCUGCAGGAGUUCCUUUCCACCUUCAGCGGGGUGAUUGAGGAGCUGGCCUUUCACUCCCACGACGAGGAGACGCCCACCCACAAUGUGUCACAGCUGCUGGGAUUUCCCAACGCCCAGCAGCCGGACUCGGUCGUUGGAAGCGGCGGUGGAGCGGCCGUAACCUGGGAGCAGCGCAUGCUCUGUUGUCUGGCAAACUAUGCAUACUGCAACAAGAGCUUCUUCCCGCGACUUGGUGAUAUCUUCGUGCGCUACGGUUACCCACUGCCCACCCUGGCAAUCGAAACGGCCCGGUACACGGUGAACCAACUGUUCACAAACCUGCUGGAGGAGUACGUGGAGCACAAGGGCGAUCCGCUGGUGGGGACCAUCGAGCCAUCUAUGUACCUGGGUCGCUUCCAGUGGGAUCACGAGAUGGAGAUCGGCCAGCUGCGGCCCUACGCCCACGAGUGCUGCGAUAAUCUGGUUGGCGUUUACUCCGAGAUCUACAGCGUCUCUCCGGCACUGCUGCGACCGAUCCUGGAGUCGAUUGUGCAGACUAUAUCAGAGGAACUGGCCCGCCUGAUGAGCUGUGUGCAGCGGUUUAGCUUCACAGGAGCGAUUCAGGCGCAUGUCGAUAUCCGGCUGCUGAGGGACUCCCUAGAGGGUUAUGUCAAUGAGACGGCCAAGAACUACUUCAUGGAGGCGUUAGAGGCCAUUAAUCCUCCCCUCAGUGGCGAGCAAAAGCGAAAAGCGGACGAGAUUCUGGAGCGGGUGAAGCGAAAUAUGCGACUGCAGCUGCUCUGCUUCAGUGUCAAGGACCCCUAGGCACAUUCCACUGCAAGGCGCAGCCAACGUAGAUAGGUCAUACUAUAACUAGCUUGUGAUUCCCCAUGAUCUGGGGAUAAACCUUUAUUCGAUUGCAAAAA